AUGCUGAGGCCAAAUUUGUUCGCCUUGCCCUGCAGGGCAGCGUCGACGGACAUGAGCGACGCUAGGAGGCUCCUUGGGUACCUGAAAGACGGCGUCAAACCAAACCCCAUCUUCGCCGUCAUAUUCAAUUUAGUCCCCAUGUAUUUCCCAAUCUACGCAGCGCUUCUGAUACCAUCCGGCCGCAGCAAGAACAAGAUUCCCGUGUGGCCAUUUGCGCUCGCAUCGAUGUUCCUGGGCUCGUACGCUCUGCUGCCGUACUUUGCGUUGCGGCAGCCGGACCCCGAAAUCGUCGGCCCUCCCAAGAAGACCGACAUC